AUGUCGGGGGUUGAGCAAGUAAUCCGGCAGCCCCAGGGCCAGCCGCAGCGACAACCAGAACGCCAUGGAUUCAACUUCAAUAAACUUCUUCUUGGCGGUGCCGUUUACUUUGGGCUCAACCUUGCCUUGUCCUACUUCCUUGCCAAAGAUCAACGAGGCGUUGAAGUGACCGAUCCCAACACAGGCAAGCCCAUCACCGUUGCAUCCAAUCUGGGCGACAUUCCCGCCUUUGAGCUUCGUCCAUCCCAGCUUGAUGAGGGCGCGCAGUAUCGACCGAUUCCUCGCAAAAUUGCCCCAAUUUGGCCCCAAGACAGCCAUGUCGAUGUCGUCGUGACUCUUUCGCCAUCCUUCAACCCUAUCCCCAUCUCGGAGACCCCGGCCGAGUACGUUGUGCUGCAGGAAAAGAACUUCCACAUGGGCAACGGCUCCGAAAAGCGUACUGUCGAUACCAAGUUUACCGUUCCCAAGGCCGUUCAGAAUAAUGGAACUCUCUGGGGUCACUUCUAUGUUGGCCUCACUGGCAGCAAGCUGGAUCCCCGUCAGCCUGGUUAUGACACUGCCAAAGCAUACCACUUCGCCUAUCCAUUGACUCAGUAUCUUCCCAAGAAGAAGACUGCUAAAACAAGAAACCUGCUUGAUAACCGCGCCGAAGGUGAGGAACCAGAAGAGGAGGAGCCGACGGGCCCCAUCAUCAGCAGCCACUACCAUCCCAAUGCGAGUUUCGCCUUUGUACCCGCGAUGGGUGUCAAGGACUUCAGCACCCUUCACCCUGCUGUCAAACACUUUCUCCGUCUUGAGGCCACAGGUGCCCGCGACGGAAGUGGGCAAGAUGGGUGGUACUAUCCUCUCUUGUUCAUCAACAACUUUUGGCAACUCACCACACACAUGACUGUUCUCAAUGAAACCGUCAAGGAGCUUCCGCUGCAUAUUGAUUUGACCAGCAUGGCGUUUUGGAAAUUCAGUACUCUGGCAUCAAUCGAGUUGAACUCAAAGGAAACCGCCCGCCAGGCUGCAUUCGGCCAGUCCUUGCCCACCGGUGGUGACGGUUCCGAGAUUGAAAUGGUCAAGGAGAUCUUCAUCGACACGAACCCAAUCUUGUUGGGCAUUACGAUUGUCGUCAGUAUUGCACACGUCAUUCUCGAGACGCUUGCCUUUGGCUCUGAUAUUGCCCACUAUCGCAAGAAGAAGGACAAUGUUGGCAUCUCGGUGCGCUCCAUCCUGGCCAAUGUGUUCAUGCAGACAGUCAUCUUCCUGUACCUGCUUGACAACUCGCAGAAUACAAGUUGGAUGAUUCUCGGUUCACAAGUUGUCGGCAUUGUCAUCGAGUUCUGGAAGGUCACAACAGUUGUGGACGUGCGCUUGCGGCCGUCGGCACCCGGCUCGCUGCUACCGUACUCUGUGGUCUUUGAAGACAAGCACAAGCUUACCGAGACGGAAGAAAAGACCAAGGAGUACGAUGCUGUCGCGUUCAAAUACAUGUACAUUGUGGCUGUGCCUCUGCUGAUUGCCUAUGGCAUCUACUCUCUUGUGUACGAAUCCCACAAGUCGUGGUACUCGUUCAUCAUCACCACUCUCGUUGGAUCAGUCUAUGCUUAUGGCUUCCUCAUGAUGGUCCCCUCUCUGUACAUCAACUACCGUCUCAAGAGCGUGGCUCACAUGCCUGCCAAGGCCAUGAUGUACAAGUUCCUCAACACCUUCAUCGAUGACUUGUUUGCCUUCACAAUCAAGAUGCCAUUCCUGCAUCGUCUAGCCACCUUCCGAGACGAUAUCAUUUUCUUCAUCUACAUCUACCAGCGCUGGGCCUACAAGACUGAUUACACCCGCGUCAAUGAGUUUGGUCAGGGUGGUGAGGAUGAAGAGCCCGCCGCCCAGGACAAGGACAAGAAGGACAAGAAGGACAAGGAGGCAAUUGAAGCCAAGACGACGGCUGAGGUGAAACCUGAGGGCAAGGCCACGGGCACUGACGCCGGCAAGGCUACCAAGAGAAAAUAG